AAAAAAUUCAUUGUUGUGAAUGCGUUUUGUGUUUUUGAGUAAUUAAACAAAUAUAACAAAAACAAAUGUUAACAAAAAUUACAUUAUAACUCUGUUCAAAAGUAAAAUUCUUGAUAAUUUUGUGUAUAUAAUUAAUUGUAUUUUAUCAAUAAAAUGUGAUAGACCUUUGAAGGGAGAUAACGAUUUGACCUGUGUAAUUUAUCAUCUAUAAAAAAUGAACAGCGACCACCAAAUAAUAAGCUCAGCCACCACUAAUAGUAAUAAUAAUAGUGAUGAAGCGUUUUUUAUAUUUUUUAAUGGAUCACGAGUUACGGUUGCCUGGCAAAAUGAGACGCCACCAUUCUCGCCCAUACUGCGUUUGUGUUCCAUAAGCCCAACAAUUUUCUUAUUGUUAAAUCAAGACAAAUAUUUGUAUGAAGCUAAAUUUGACCAUGAAAAUUUAGUCAUACAAAUGAAAUGCAUACAACGUAAUGUUAUUGAUGUACAGUAUUGUCGUAUCUCGAAAGAAGUGUUUUUAGUGUUGGGGGAGGGAUCAGUUGUAAAACAAUGUAUUAUAGAUUACAUGAAGCCUUUAGAAGAUAAUCUAUGGCUGCCAGUGAUAUUUGAUCCAUUGGAACUUUCCGAAGAUGGUGUACGCAUUAAACGUAUUUGCAGUUCUUCGGAGGCCACCAUUUUUCUCUCCAAUAUGGGUGAUAUUUAUGCCCUGGGCAAUUGUGGUGUGCAUUUUUCUGUGGAGUGUGAGCAGCCUAAACUAUUGCGUUUAUUUAAAAAGAGUCUGGAUAUAAUAGACAUUGCAGCAGGCGAACAAUUCUUUAUUUUUCUAACAAGGAAACAAUGGCUGUUUGAGACAAAUCAAACAACAGCUGUACAGAAUUAUGGCGAAUUACCCGAUCUUUUACGCUCAGAGCAGUGUAAUAAAAACACCUCAAGUUCAAUGCAUUCCUCUACAAUUUCUACCGGCCUUGAUUUGGAGACAAGUAUACAAAGUCUGCUGCAACAAGGUUACUCUCUUCUGCAUACGCAAAUCUUUAGUAUGGGUUCCAACAAUAAGGGUUUACUUGGCACCGGAGAUCACAUAAAACGAGAUUCUUUGUAUAAUGUGCAAAAACUUAAAGAAGUGGGAGUUUGCAGUUUAGCAACUGGCAAAAAUCACACAGUUGUACGUACCAUAGACGGACGUCUGUAUCAUUGGGGUUUUAAUGACAAAAAACAACUAACAAAUAAUGAACAAAUCUACGAAAUCAGUAGUCCAACAGAGUUAAGUUUUGAUUCCUCCGAUUUGGAUGUGCCGCGUGUACACAUUUUGGAGGCCUGCUGUGGUGAUUAUCGCACAGUUCUCUUGAAUACUCAAGGUGAGAUCUUUGAAAAGAAUAAACAGACUUACAGUCAAGAGAAAGAUUUUCUAACGAUACAAAUGAAAGACAUCAGCCAACAAUCAUAUCCUCUACUUUUGGCCAGCCACCAACUGACCCUUUAUAAUCGCCGUUAUUUUAAGCGACAAUACCACACUUUGCAUCAUCAUAUUCAAAAUCAAUUGAAACAAAUGAUGAAUUUUCGUAAGAAAUUUCUGCAACUCAAUCAAUUAGUGGAAAAAGUACUAAAAGAUCUGCAUGAAGUGUGUCAUCAUUGGGAAAAUGUAUUGUAUAUAGUCAUAACUAUAUUGCAUUCAUUGGAACAGUUCUAUCGUGGGGAUUAUGAUCAGUCGACGGAGCUGGUGGUUAUUAAGUAUUAUCGUGAAUGUAUACAAAUUUUUGAGUUGUAUACGAAAGCCUACUGUGAUACAUAUUCUAUUGAUGGUUUCAAUGAAGCCUAUCAACUGUUUAAUCAUUCGUAUCCGCCCACCACUUCAGCGGGCUACAAAAAUCAAGAUCUUUUAAAAAUGUUUCAACAACCAUUUUUGAUAUUUCCAUAUGUUAUACAAUUGUUAGAGCAUAUCCAGAAACACGAAAACAUUUGCAGAGAAGAACUUCUAGCAUGGAAUGAAUUUUCCCGUCGCAAUCGCAUUGAUUUGGAACUAGCAGAUAACACGCGCGAUUUUUGGCGCUCUAACUUUAAAAAUACCAAAGUGUUACAAUUUAAAACCAAGGAGAGAAGAGUUAUUCUAAGCUCGACUGCAGUACCUAUAAAAAUUUCACACGUUGGCUUUGGUGCAACCAUAUUUAUAUUAUUCUCUGAUUUCCUAUGUCAACAUAGUAGUCAGAUAACGGCUUUGCCUUUGAAUGCCAUGUGGCUGAAAAAAGAAGAGACUGGCAUACGGAUUAUAACUCCUGAAAAGAAUUUUGUACUGACCUCAAAAAAUAAACACGACAUAGAAUUGUGGUAUGAUCAACUAGAGAUUACCAUUAAAACUGUACUUAUGCUAAGCGAAAAAUCAAAAAUUCCCGAAGUUCGUAUGAUUGACUAUAACUUUGCACCGAAUCAUGCCAUCUACGGAGGUGUAUAUGUUAAGGGAAACUUUUCUAAUGGUGUCAUGCAUGGCAAAUGCCGCUUAGAAUAUCCAAAUGGGAAAAUGUAUUCAGGCGAUGUCAUUCACGGCGUCAUAGAAGGUUACGGUCGAAUGUUUAUACCGAAAGUUGGCCUUUAUAAGGGCAAUUUAAAAAAUGGUAAAUUCUGGGGCCACGGUACAUUAAUCAUCAACGAAAAAGAGUUGUACGAGGGUAAUUUUCGUAAUGGACUCUUUAAUGGUCACGGUCAUAAGCAGCACAGUGAUUACGUUUAUAUUGGUGAAUUUGUGGACAAUCAAAGAUGUGGCUAUGGUGUACUUGAUCGCAUUGCGACGGGUGAAAAAUAUUUAGGCUUAUUUGCCGAUAACAAACGUAUUGGUAAUGGUGUUUGUAUCUCAUCAACGGGCGAUUACUUUGAAGGUUCUUUUGCCAAUGAUGAAUUGACGGGACGUUGUAUUGCGAUAUUUCCCAAUGGUUUUUAUUAUGAAGGUGAAUCUACUUUAAAUGGUCCCAGUGGUUUGGGAAAAUACUAUAUGCCUGUGGGCUACAAUAAACAGGAUGAAGAUAAUAUUGAUAUGACACUUAAUUCCGAAAUGAUGGGCAAUAUAUUGAGUGGCCAAUUGACUGGAACCUGGGAAAAUGUACGCAUUAAUGCUGGAACCAUGGAAAUCAAUCGUAAAUUUACAAAAUAUCCUAGCACCUUUGGUUCAAAUAUUAUUGAUAAUUCUCGAAAAUGGUGUUCUCUGUUCGAUGAUUUCGAAAAUGAACUUUUUGGAGAUUUAGCAAAUGCCACACCCAACACCAAACCUUUAAUAUUUGCUCUGUGGAAUCGAGUUAUCGCUUUCAUAAGCAAACAACAAGAAUUGGAAAAUGAAAAGUUAAUACCCCGCGAACUAGAUAUAACCAAUAUUUCGACUGCAAAUGUUAGUAGUCACAACAACAAUAAAAAAGGUUUUCUACCUUUGCACAAUAUUUCUAAAGAUUUCGACAAGUUGAGCUUAAAUUCGUCAUUGUUAAAUUUUGAAAAACCUGAAUUAAGUCGCAAUCACUCACAUUCCGAAGACACACUAAACGGUUUGGAUUUCUCUAGUUUUGAUCUGCUUAGUACAUUCAAUAAAUUGACAAACCUUAGCUCGGAUGAUAGCGGCGGUAGUCAUACGUAUUCGACAUUAAUGGAUGUAAUGGAAAAUUGUAAUAACAUAACAUUGGAUUCAUUCAACGAUAGUGCUUUAAGUAACAGUGUACCGAACGAUGAUUGCAUAUCCUUACAAACGGAAAUGGAUUUAAUACCACAAUUUGGAAUGAGUGAUUUAAAUGAUCAGGAAUUGAUUGCCAUUAAAGAGUACCUGCGUGAUGCUUUUCGUUAUCGUUAUCAUCCCUUUAAACACUUGAAUGAGCGCAUUACACACUGCUUCUAUCGUUCAUAUGGUUGUUGGAAAAUUAAACCAACUCCCUUAUUGGCUCAACAGGCCAUGCGUGAAUGGGAGUCUAUAUCUCAAAGAGUUUAUAAAUUCAUACGCCGUCUGUUUCCCGCUUUGCCAGAGGAAUACUCUGUAGUGGGAGAAAAUCGUGAAGUUGUCUCACACAUAACACUUCUCUAUCCCAUAUUAUUAUCAGAAGGUAUAUAUUCCACACUAUUUGUGUUGUAUGCCAAUAAAUACAGUCAUAAAGAUGAAAUUUAUCGUCAGAAUCUAUUGCAAGCGGAAAAACUAAGUGAUAAUGAUUUAAUGCAAUAUUUAGAAUUUGAUAGUAACAUCCUGUUGGUGGUAAAUACUGAUACGUUUUUAGAAGCCAUUAAAAUGCUUAAGGAACUUAAAGAAAAAUACACACCAAUGGCCAUGUUGACUGUGAUAGAAAAUUGCAUGGAAAAAAUAACUCUAGCAUAUCAGACUAUAUCCAGUGCAACUAAAAUCAGUUUAAAUGCUGAUCUCAUAAUGCCUUUAUCAUUAAUAUUAUUGCUGCGUGCAGCAAUACCACAUCUUGGUGCUGAGCUGGCUUUAUUAGAUGACUUGACCGAUUGUAAAAAUUUUCAAUUUGAAAUGAAUGGUAUUCGUGGUUAUUGUUAUACCACUUUAAAAGCUUCAUAUGAACACAUUGCUACCAAAACCCUAUUCGAAAAGAAGUAGUUAAAUAUUGUUUGCUCAAUUUUUAAGUUUUAGUUAAUGAUCAAGUGUAAAGUGUGCGGAUAGUAUGAAAGUAUUUCAAGAGUUAUGUAUAUGUAAAUCUGUAUUUAUCUAUAAGUAAUUAUUAUUGUAAUUUAUUAUAAUAAAAAUCUGUAUUACAGUUGAUGUUGUUAUUCCAAA